GUGGUUGGAUGCAUUGAUGGCACACAUAUUCCCAUCAAUGCACCUUCUGAAAAUGAAGGACUAUGUAAACAAGAGGUCCAUCCACAGUAUUAAUGUGCAGAUCAUAUGUGAUGCUGCACAUAUUAUCACAAACGUGGAGGCCAAGUGGCCCGGCUCUGUUCAUGACUCACAAAUAUAUCGUGAGUCAACCCUAAGUAACAGGCUGCAAUGUGGAGAGAUUGAUGGCUUUCUGCUGGGAGAUAGGGGUUACCCAUGCCAGCCCACACUAAUGACCCCUUACCCAGAAGCUGAAGCAGGCCCCCAGCAGCGCUUUAAUGUGGCACACUGCAGAACAAGAGCCUGGGUGGAAAUGACCAUAGGCCUGUUGAAAGCACGUUUUCAGUGCCUACGACGCCUUAGGGUAACACCUGAGAGGGUCUGUGACAUUAUUGUGGCAUGUGUUCUCUACAAUAUUGCCAUUUUUAGAGGGGAGCAACACCCUGCCCUACAAAUACAAGACCAUGAGGAAGAUUCCAUCCACCCUGCAGAUUACCAGGAUGGAAGGACAGUCAGAGAUUGGAUAUGCCGUAAUGUCUUCUGGGAUUAAUCUACAACCACCACCAUCACCACCGAUGAAAGACAGAAACGGAAUAAAUGCAAAUCAUACUUUA